UGGCGGACGCGAUAGGUUUUGAAGAUAUUCCCAGAUUUAUAGCCAGAAAAUGAAAAAAUUGGGAAGAUUUCUUAUAAAAAGCUUGCGCAAAGGUUUGCUAGACGUUAUGGAGGGAAGUGUUAAAGCAAUUCGGAAAAGAAAGCUGAGUAAAGGCUCGAAAGAUGUCGUUGUUGUUGGGAACACACGUGGAGUAAAACAUAGAAAAAUAACUGCAAAUAAAAAUGAACCCAAGUUAGUCGAGAAAACAGAAAAUAAGAAAACUAGAAAGAAAGAAGAAGGAGAAAACAAUAGACUAGAUGAUAAAAGUAUUUUAUCUUUAGGUCAAAAUGGUAAAGGUUCAUGUCUUUUGUUCAUGAAAAGAAGUCAGGCUGUAGCAGUUCAAGGAAAAGUAUCAAUAAAGCUGUUACAGGGAGCUGUUGAUGUCAUGGGUUACAAAAUGAACACAGGCCAGCAGAUAUGUCUAUUUUCCCCAAAUUACUCAAGUCUGCUGACGAUCAAGGAAUGUAACACAGCUGAAGAAACCCAAAUGACACAAACAGUCAUUAAAGAUUUGGUGGGUGCUCAGAGCCAACAAGUUAAAAAGACAGCUAUUGCAAGAGCACAGAAAGCCUCCAGUGUUGUACUCAUGACCAAAACAGAAUCUGUGGAAACUGACUUUGUGUGUCAGUUUAAAGAAUAUGAAGAUUGCUAUGAUACUGUAAAGGAUGGUGAUGAUAAUGGGGACUUAAAUAAGGAUGAAAAAUAUAUCCAUAAAGUGACAUCACCUCUUGGGUUUAUGUUGGUUGAUGCAAAGUCAGAUAGAUUUCCAGUAUACAAAGAGCCAGAUAAAUGGAUUGAUAUCAUGAAUAGCAUUACCAAAUCACCAAGGACCUCUUCUAUAGAGAGUGGGCGUAGAUGUCAGUGCAUUCUCGUAUGUGGAGGUAAAGGUGUUGGCAAAUCUUCCUUUGCAAGAUAUGUGAUCAAUAAUUUAUUGAACAGUUUCAGUGAGGUGUGUUAUCUAGAGUGUGAUGUAGGUCAGACUGAAUUCACUCCCCCAGCCAUUUUAUCUUUAAAUCAUGUCACAGCACCACUUCUAGGUCCACCAAUCACCCACUUAAAAUGGCCAGAGAGAGCACACUUCUUUGGGGAUGUCUCACCUAAAGAUAAUCCCAACCUGUACAUCAACAGCAUAAAUCAUCUGUAUCAGUACUAUGAAGAAAAGUAUGAGGGUAAAAAUAUACCACUUGUGGUCAAUACCCAGGGAUGGGUCAAAGGAAUGGGUAUAGCAUUGUUAAUGGAUGUCAUACAUAUAACUCACCCAACACAUAUCAUACAGAUUAACUCUUCUACACAAACCACCAAAAACCUACCAACCAUUACCAGGGAUUUCCUGGACACAUCACCAGGAUGGGUGUAUCCUACAUGUAUGGAAGGGAAAUACCAGGCUGGGAAGAUAUUACUAGAUGAUCUUGUUAAUGACUUAAGCAACAGUGACAACAGAGACGUUAAUCCAGCUAUAACAGCAUCUCUUCUGAGUCAAGACACUAACCAGCCAUCCCACCACCCCAAAAUCUUCCACCUGACAGCGUGUUCAGAAGAUGAUCAAACAUCAUGGCCAAAGUUCAAAGCAUCUGACCAUCGCACUAUGGACUUGUUGGCCUAUUUCAGUCAAAUCCUAGGGUCUUGUGCAACAAAUAACAAUACCGAUGGCAUGUCAAAGACUAGCAUGUCAUUGAUGGAGUGCAAGCCUUACAGAGUCUCUUGGAGUAACGUGGCUGUACACAUGAUGCAUACUGAGGUACCAAGAAGUCAAGUCCUCGUCUCUUUGAAUGCUAGUGUUGUGGGUUUAGCAGUGUCGCCCAAUGCACCUGAAACCCAUGAAGGCAGGAGUGAUCUUCCAAAGUUCUUCAAGGACACACCCAUUAUCGAAUGUGUUGGAUUAGGCAUGGUGCGUAAUAUCGAUCCGAACAACAAACUGUUCUACAUCCUGACCCCAGUACCUCUCGAUCAACUGCAACGAGUGAACACGUUACUCAAGGGAAACCUGGAAAUACCAGCUACACUGUUACUGAAGGAGAGGCGUCCAGGUUCUCCUUACGUUUCGUCCGAGUUCUCCUACGACAUCAAGGGAGCUGGAGUGAGAAAGGUUCGGUAUAACUUACAAAGGAAACAGCUCAACUCGCCUGCCACACCCAAGACGUAGAAAAUAACUAUUGGAUACAUGUUCAUAAAAACGAGAGUGAGCAUCUUCUCAAAACCUGCAGUUCGUCAUUGUCUCCCUCUUGCCUCUUUUUCUUUUUCUUUUUUUCUUUUUAUUUAUUCCUUCCUUCCUUUUUCUUAAAAGAUUUUAGUUUCUUUGUUUUUUUCUCUCCCUUUCUCUUACUCUCUCUCUCUUGACUGGAUCGCGUAAUGAUUCGUUAAAUGAGUGGUAGUUUCCUGCGCAGGCGCUAUAAGUGUCAUAACGCAACACUCACUUUCCUACUUAGGG